GUUUUUCACAUUCUCUUAUUCCAUUAGAUCGGCAUCUUCCACCUCAUCUCUGGUAGAAGUAUAAAAUUCAAUCCGUUAAGUAAUCGGCUGAUUUUUCCAAUUUGACGUGAUGAUGAGUAGCAAAGGAUGGAAGGCAGUUCAAGCUCAUAUACCCUUAAUCAAAUUUCGUAAAGGUGGAGUCAAUAGAGCUGUAACUGGGGCGACUUCAGUGCCAUGUACUACGCAGCCAGUGCUGUCAGUAUCUACAAAAAAUAGUGGUGCUACGGGGCCCAAUGUAACUCCCUUACCAAUUAUCGAAGAUUAUCAAUUGCCGCCUCGUUUCCACAGACGACCCAUAGAUCCAAAGGAAAUUGAAUACAUUAACAAAUACUGUUACAGCAUUAUAACUCCCCUUCCAGAAAGAAUCAAUUGAGAUCAAUAUGAAACGAUAGAUCCUUCCGAGUCGUGAUUCUUAAUUGUGCCAAAACGAUUGACAACGAUUGAGGAUAUUGCACUUUCAAUUGUUCCAAUCGUUAACUUUUGAAUUUUACACGUGAUAGCAGCACUGUUGUUUGGCGGGAAUUAUUUA